AUGGGAUCCAAGGAUGAAGCCUCGCAUGAAGGCCCAGGUUCUGGCAACAGGGUGUCUUCGUUUGAUCUGGAACCGAACCCGUUCGAGCAGAGCUUUGCGUCGACGAAAAAGUCUCAAGCCGCUGUUCCGCCAGCAGCAUCGAAUUCGGACAUGACAACUUCCUUUGAUGCACUAGCAGCUAAUGCCGGCGCGAGCACUGGCCCGGCAGCCAUCAAGAGCGGUACCAACACGGCCAUCGAGGCUCCCGGCCCUCCAGCUCCUAUAAUCCGUGGGACCAGCACCAGUGGUAAAGCAGCGACUGCCCCAACCUACACUGGCCCAGGGGCCGAUCAUUCACACACUGGCUCCACCAUCUUACCGCCGCUCCGUCUGACUAAUCCCGGCCAAGCGUCAGGUUCGAUGCCCCCACACUCGAGGUCUCCGGGUUCCGUCACCCCAGCUCCUUUGAUUCCACCGUCCCAUCAACCUUCACAUCAACACUCAUACCCCCACUCCCACUCCCACUCCCACGCACAUUCACAUUCUCACCAACACCAACAGCCCCACCCACACCCUCACACACUGCUGGCUCCAGGAGGCACAACUCCUGGAUUUUUCCUUAACCUUCCCAAGACGGGUUUGACUCCAAGUGCGUCCGGUUUGCGCUCGGGUCUCACGCCCGGGAUUUUAUCUUCAGCACAAAACGCACAAACGCAAUCACAACUUCCGCAUCAAACCCACCCUCAUCCUCAGGGUCUUACACAUUCCCAUCCGUCUCCUACUCUGCAUCCUCCAACGCAUCCCGUCCCAUCCAUGUCUCUUCCGAACGGGCAAUUCACGCCGGGUCUUUCUUCCAUUCUCGGGGUGCCACUCAAUCAACACCAUUCACCAAAUGUAGGACCCCUUCCAUCCCACCAAAUUCAUUGGGACCCUCACCUGCACCAGAGUUCCCGUUCUACCACAGCUGUAAACUCUAACUCUUCGCAUUCCUCCAACUCCAUCUCCUCAGUACCGUCUGACGGGGUCAAGAGAUCAUCAAACUCAGUAAUUGGGUCAUCUUCUAGCCCUAGUUCUUCCAUGGUCCAGGCCCCUUCCUUCAAGGCAGGGAAAGCAGAUGCGGAUGAUUUCGAUAUAGCCUAUGCAAGCCGUCAGACAAAAAGUUCGAGAGCAGGUCAACCUUCGGCCAAGAAAGCGAAAAUCAAUGCUACAAAUAAUAACAAUCAUGACAACAACAAAAAGGUUAAGGCCCCAGAUGAACCCUCUCCUUAUGAAUCUAAAGACGAACAAGAGCGCAAGCGUAAGGAGUUUUUAGAGAGAAACAGAGUGGCUGCUUCCAAAUUUCGAAGAAGAAAGAAGGAGUAUAUUAGAAAGGUAGAAGGGGAUCUUAAAUUCUAUGAGAGUGAGUACGAGGACAUGUCCCAAUGUAUGGACAAGUUAUGUGGCAUUUCCAAGCAGACGAUCAACUCGUCGCUUGUUGGGAUGCUCAAACAGGCACUAUUGCAACACGACCUCAAUUCGUCAUUGGCCCUAUGCAAUCACAUUGAGCAACUCCUCUUGCAGACGCAGUAUGUUCAACGAGCCGGACGCAAUCCUCGGCGCGAAGAAGAAGAGAAGAGAAGGUUGGAAAAUCCUGACGACGACAAUUCUGACUAUGGUUACCAUAGAGGGGCAUCAACCACCGUCGCGCCUCCUGACCGCUACCACGAAAUUCAUGCUAACAUUCCUCAGCAAGAGGUAGACCCCAAGAGUGUCGGGUCCUCUCAAGCACCCACGGUGGACCAUGCAACGGGGACCAUCAAUAACCUGCCCCUAGUCAUCAACGGCAACACCUUGCUGAGUCUAGACGAUAUUCAAGUGGCAUCGCAGCCCCAAAAGAUUGACGAUAAACUUAUAGACAAUCGCUUGGAUGGUCGCCAUCCUAUAUCUAACUUGAAGGUAGAGGAUGGUCUUUCGUGA